AUGCGCCGCGACGAGGAAACGAACCAGUCCAGUCGAUCGACAAAAGCCAAGCAAGUCCAGUUAGAGCUUCCAAUAGCUUAUUCGGCUUCCAAAUCCCGAUUCUCACUGAAAGCGGGAAAGCAAGACGAACUCAUCCCAUCAGUACUUACCAACCAAGCCCCAAAAGAGCCAAGCGUGAUUCGGGCAUCUCAGACAGAAGAACCAGAGCCGUCGAGUCGUGUCUUUGUUCUCUGCCGUUCCCGUUGGCUCCGGGGAUUGCAAGCCGUCAAGCCUCUCAGCAGAAGCUGCAGUUGUAGCGGCGACCUAGACUCCUUGACUCCUCCAGAGAUUCAAGUCGACUCGUGGGAGCCCGCGAAGAUAGUAAGGCAUAUUCUCGUCAGGUCCCAUCCAUCACACGCACGGGCCUCUCCUUCCAAAGAAGAAGUGGAUGAGGGAGAAACCCCCGGUCAAAUCCAGAAAGACCCUUGCCGAAAUCUGGACCUUCCUGCCAAUGAUAGUCACAGCUGGCGCCGCUCAGUACCAACUGCUCUCGAAAGAAAUUGGCAAGCCUCGUUUGGAAAUUCUGUCGCCUCUUCCUCACCACAGUCCCACGGGAUGAUUGGCGACUACACCAUGCUGGCAUCGUCUUACCGUCCGCCAAACCCUUCACGUCUCGCUCUUCUUGGGGCGGCGCCCACUUUCGCCCUCGUCUGGACUCCGGCGCGCCGCUCACAGAUACUUUCUUUUCGCCUGACGAGCGAAUGGGGUGUGUCGUACGAAGUACUUGGGAGAUCAUUAAACAUCAGCUCGAUACGAUUAUGCAAUUCCACGCAUAGCAUGCUGGGCAGACCUUCCGACACGAAGCACUUUCGAUGGCACUCCAGCGCAAACGUAAAUCACCGAGGGAAAAGGCAUCCGAGCGGGCCCGUGCCAGCCAUCCUGCAAAAUAACGCGCACAAAAUGCAACCCUCAAGGGGCCUUCUCCAGAUGGAUGACGAAUUCAAGCUCAAGAAAGAUCAUCUGCCGAAGCGCUCAAGCCCCAUCUCUGAUCCCCCCAAGACACGCUCUCCUUGCACGGGUCGUCCCUGGAGUCUGGGACGGGAUAACUCGACAGCUCCUGGUCGCUCCUCGGCUGUGUUUGACGAGGGGACAGAUCCGUAUGGCGAUAGCUGUCGCACAUACUCUAGCACAAGCGCUACGCCUGCCCCGGGGGCCGAAGUGGGCGGUUUGCCGGGGCGGGGACUUGGUCUCAUGGCACCAAGUCUCUGUUCAGUAUCUUCCGCGACGCGAUUCAUCUGUGGCGGCUUCGCAUUUUCUUCUAUCAGGGGCCUCCUUGGUUCCGCGACGGAGAAAAAAGAUCUCAAAUCAAAAGAAGCAGAACACGCCGAAAGCCCCGCGACCCAGCCCGAUGCUGCCUUGGUCUACGGAUACAUGAACGGCGAUCUAAUUACCUAUGGCUUCCGCCUGGUGGAGGCAAAGCUGUUGGUGCUUGGCAUGAGAUUGUCAGUGCAGCCUGCAAAGUAUCCAUACACUCUGUCGCCGGACAUCAACGAAGCGCCAGCCGCGCUAACGAAUGGGCCUCAUCAACAAAUGGCGUACAAUCUUUGCGAAAAAGCUCAGCACGUCAAUCUGUCUCCCGUGGCCUGGAACUGGAGCCUCGAACUCCGCCUGUCAUUUACAGCAGACGCGGCCCGACUUGCACUACCGCCAUUGUCUGAAAAGCGCCACAUCCAUCAGGGCGCUUUGACCCGCCGCUCUGGAUACCAGGAGAAUCUGGCAGUUUGGGUGACGCUGGCACGAACCUGGCUGGCUCCUUCGGGGCCGGAGCACUCAGCGACUUUAGAUAUCUCGUCCGUGUUAAGGCCUGGCUACCUGUAUUAA